AUCUUGAUCGUGCUCAUAUCGUGAGAUAGUCCUCCUUCUGUCUCUACUCCUGCUGAACGAACUAGGAAUAUUCAUCUAUGCUCUUUAUUCUACACUUGAGUUAAAAAUCUAUCCUAUUCGAGCGAUUUAUUUUUGGCGUUACGGUUAAUUUUUACAUUUGAUACCCUAUAAAUAAUAAACAUACCUACAUACAUAUAAUUGUGUCUAUAUCCCUUGCGGGGUAAACAGGGCCAACAGUCUUAAAAAGACUGGUAGGCCACGUUUAGCUGUUUGACAAGUUGCUAGUCUGUCGCCUAAAAGAAGAAUCCCAAGAUUGUUAGCCUAUCCUUUAGUCGCCUUUAUAUGUACGAUAUCCAUGGGGAUGAGAUGGAAUGGUCCUAUUCUUUUUUUUAUUGAAAAACGGCCUAAUUUUUUAUAUUCCCAUUUUAUAUUUAUUUGAAUGUAGGCAAUGAAAUGCAACCACAUGCAUGCGGUGCAAACCCUUGAGUCACGUUCUCUCCAUUCAAGAGUAUGGACAACACAGAAAACCAACUUCUUACUACAGUGCGUGUUUCUUUUUGUUGCAUUAAAAUACUUAUACCAAUAUAGGCGAACCCGGCUAUCCUCCGGAGGGGUGUGGUACUUACACUAGGAGAAAGUAAAAAAAGUAAACCUAUAUUAUAUACUUCAUCUUGUCUCAGUUCGUCCAUCGCAUAUUUGGCCGUGCAUUGAAUGUGUAUUGUGCCUUCGGAAAGAAAGACGUGAAAUUACAGAAUAUGAAAUAAAUGACACUACUUACCUACGAUAUGAAGAUAUCACGGAUAUUUAUACAUACUAUUAAUAUAAAUAUUUUUAUUUUUGUAUGUAACGAAUAAACAAAACCUUCCAGAGUAAUAAAAUCUACUUUUUUCACGGGAUCAAAAAUUUAUAUUUUUGUAUGGAUCUGCAAGUAUUUUGGAGAGCGACAAAUCAACCCCAAGACCAAUAGACGGGCGGUUAUGUUUGUCCAAUCAUUUUACAGAAUAUAUAAGAAUUUAUCUUUUCGCUCACAUGAUGUCUGGAUCUUUGCUAGUCCACGGGUGAAACAUGUAAGCAAGUCUCAAGCAAUAACAAGAAAUAAUACCAAAAAUGCAAAAACUGGUCAUAAAAAGAUUGUAAGAAAUGACUAUAAUUUUGAAGACGAUGGAAGCGUGAAUAAAAAUACUGAUGGUGAUACCUUUACUGCUAGAGAGCUGCUCCCCGUUGCCCAGAAACUAUUUGAGAAAGAAGGAAAAGGAAUCGUUUCUUCAUCGAAGCGUCCUCAAGAUCUAGCGGAUAAAUUAUUUCAAGGCUUUUUUAUGACUUCAAGCCGAAUAGUAAGAUUAAAAGACGAAGAUAUAAAAGGACUUGAUGCGCUGCAGCGCUUAGCCCUUGUUGGAGAUCCAGCAAUACGAACUAAUUUCGCCAAGCAGACAUCACAUAAACAUAAAAAAGUUAUAAAUCUUAAUGUAUUAAUCAAAAGGAUACGAAACAAAGCUAUUAAAAAGAAGGAACCAAAGAAAGCUAAAGCAAAACGUCGAGGAAAUGUUAAGUUAAUAAACAAAUUGGGAAGAAAUCGACAUUUGAUUGUACAACGUAAAAACAUGAACGAUACUCGUAAAACUAGUCAAAAUAUGGCUCCUUGUCAUUGGAGCUACGAAUGCAAAGACCCGGCAGAUUUAGAUUCAUGUCAACUGCAAGCCAAGUGUAUUGAGCGGAAACCAAACCAAAGGAUCGACCAUUCGCAAUACAUUAAAAACAAUUUGGAAAUAGACCCCAAUAUUGUCGCUCAAUUUCGAAGAGCUUUAUCAAUAACUGCUUUGGACGAAGAAGUUGAGAAAAUUCCAAGUUCCGAAAAAAUUGAAAGCUUGUCAGAAUAUUUUCGUAAAAUUGUUGAUGCAGAAUUAAAUGGUGAAGCCAUAACAAAAUCAGUUACAGAAGAUUCUAACGACUAUGGCGAUGUUUAUGCUGAUGACCAGAUCACUGUGAAACCAGGAAACAAGAAUAUUGCUGAAAAGCCACAAGUUGUGAAACUGGACGCCGCCUCGGAUAAUGACCAGGUAGUGAAAGGACGUCAGAAUAUUACUGCCCUCGACCUCGGUCACAGAGCAGUUGCAACUAUACUAGGGUGACUGAAUGAAGACGUUCUUAAAGCUAGCCAAGAGUCGAUUUAUCGUAACAUUACCCAAGGAUCAUCCAUAAAUCACUCGUGAUGGUUUUUAACUAUUUAAAUACGUCCAUACGGGAGAUACACGAGAUAUCUCCAUCCCUGUUAUGAUAUUUUGUGAUAUUUUCACAAAAAUCCUUCCUUUAUAAUCCUUCCUCACUUAAUAAAUAGAUAGUCUCCUACAUAGGUUGUUGUUGUACAUCUAUAAAAGUUAUCGUUCUUACUAAACGUAAGUCAGCCAUAUGUUUCUUCUUAAUUGAAGAAUUAAUCCAAUAAAACACAA